AUGUCAAAGGACAUCACGAAAUGGGCGGGACGUGUCCCCCAAGUGCCUCAGACACGGGAUGCCCGGCGGGUCACCGGCAGAACGUUCUUCCUGGAUGCCUCCGGCCGAGGCCUGCAGGCCUUCCCGCCGGAGGUCCUGGCCUUGCGGGAGCUGGAAGAAGUGCACUUGGAGAACAACCGGAUCCAGGAAAUCCCCGGGGACAUCCGGCAGCUCCGGCGCCUCAGGGUCCUGUACCUGGACGGAAACCGCCUGCAGCGCCUGUGCCCGGAACUGGGCGCCCUGGAGGGCCUGGAGGGCCUGGACCUGAGCCGCAACCCGCUGCCGCCGGCCUCCCUGGCCGUGCUGGGCGGCCUGUGCGCCCUGCGCCAGCUGCGGCUGGGUGGGCCCCUCGCGGCGCGGGUCCUCCCGCCGGGUGGGCCGUUACCUAGGGCGUUUGGCUCACUUUCAAAACUGAAGAUACUUGGACUAACAGGAAACGAGUUCCAUUCCUUCCCGGAGGUAGUCUUCUCAUUAAAGUCCCUGGAGAAGCUGUACAUUGGCCAAGACCAGGGGCUCAAGCUCACCUGUGUGCCAGAAGACAUCGGGAAGCUGCAGAGCCUUAAGGAGCUGUAUAUAGAGAACAAUUGCCUGGAGUGCCUGCCCGUGUCCUUGGGGUCCAUGCCCAACCUGGAAGUGCUUGACUGCCGGCACAACUUGCUUAAGCAACUUCCAGAAGCCAUUUGCCAAGCACAAGCUUUGAGAGAGUUACUGCUGGAAGACAACUUGCUCACCCAUCUUCCCGAGAACUUGGAUGCCCUGGUGAACCUUCAGGUCCUGACGCUGAAGGACAACCCCAUGGAGGAGCCCCCUGGGGACGUGUGUGCCGGGGGCAACGAGGCCAUCUGGGCGCACCUCCGGAGAAACAGAGCCAGGGCGAUCAUGGCAACAAAGAUUCAGGCGUGGUGGAGGGGAGUGGUGGUGCGGAAAGGACUGGGGAGACUUGAUGAAGUGCUCAGGGCUCGAAAGAAAGGGAAGACCUCCCCCAAAGAUAAGAAGGGCGAGAAGCCCGAGGAGCGGCGUCUCCAGUUGCCCCGGCCACCGGCCGUCCGCGCGGGGCUGCCCGCGGUUCGCUCGCGUGGAGCUGCGCGUCGCCGCCGCGGCGGCCCGGGCACGCGGCGCUCCCUCAGCGCAAGUCCCUGCGUGCCCUUCCCGUGCGGCCGCAGCUGCCUGUCCUCCGGCUCGACCGCUGUGCGGUGCUUUCGAGAAGCCCCCGUAAAUGGAGCCGCACGGUGCAGCCGGGUUGGCCCUCCGCCCGGCGCAGCUCAGCAAGGUCAGUCCCAGCCGGUGCUGGCAGCAGUCUGCUCCUUUGGCUGCUGGGCAGGCCCCUCAGUCUGA